GGCUGCGCAGCGCACGCGUCCCGGUUUACUACACGUGGGAGCCCAGCACGCCUCCUGCAAUGCCGCGGGCGCCCCGGUGCCGCGCCGUGCGCGCUCUGCUGCGGGGCCACUACCGGGAGGUGCUGCCGCUGGACACCUUCGUGCGGCGCUUGGGUCCCCAGGGCCGGUGCCUGGUGCAGCCGGGGGACCCGAUGGCCUUUCGCGCCCUGGUGACCCAGUGCCUGGUGUGUGUGCCUUGGGACGCACAGCCACUCCCCGUCGCCCCGGACUUUCGCCAGGUGUCCUGCCUGAAGGAGCUGGUGGCCAGGGUCGUGCAGCGGCUCUGCGAGCGCGGCGCGAGGAACGUGCUGGCCUUCGGCUUCGCGCUGCUGGACGGGGCCCGCGGCGGCCCGCCCAUGGCCUUCACGACCAACGUGCGCAGCUACCUGCCCAACACUGUGACCGAGACGCUGCGCGGCAGUGGUGCCUGGGGACUGCUGCUGCGCCGCGUGGGUGACGACGUGCUCACCCACCUGCUGGCACGCUGUGCGCUUUACCUGCUAGUGCCUCCCAACUGUGCCUACCAGGUGUGCGGGCCACCACUCUACGACCUCUGCACCCCCAGACACGCGGGCGGGAGCCUGACGCGCCUGGGACCCACGCGCCAGGCCUGGAAUGGCGGCGGUGGCGGGGAGGCCGGGGUGCCCCUGGGCUGCCGAAGGAGGCCACGGCGGAGCAGUGCAGGGGGAAGUCCGCCUCAGGCCAAGAGGCCCAGGCAUGGCCCCAUCUCAGAACCAUACCGGGGGCCAAGUGCCAGCGGCCCCCGCGUGGUGACACCUACCAAAGCCGCCGCGGAAGCCUCGCCUGGGGAGGGCGAGCCGCGCAGGCCCCGGCGCCCCUUACCACUGCUGGGCCGCGAGCGGGAGGCCGGCUGCCCUUCCUCUCGGCCCUCACAUCCCCAGGCCGCUCCUGGUCCCCGAGUGGUCGCCGAGACCAAGCAGUUUCUCUACUGCUCGGGUGGCAGGGAACGGCUGCGCUCCUCCUUCCUGCUCAACUCCCUGCAGCCCAGCCUGACGGGGGCCCAGAGACUAGUGGAAACCAUCUUUCUGGACUCGAAGCCCCUGCAGCGGGGGACUCCCCGCAGGACGCGCCGCCUUCCCACGCGCUACUGGCGGAUGAGGCCCUUGUUCCAGGAGCUGCUGGGGAACCAUGCGCGGUGCCCCUACGGCGCGCUGCUCAGGGAGCACUGCCCGCUGCGGGACUCAGCCACUCCGGCCACCCCAGCAGCGGUGGAGGAGGCGGCCGCGGCUGUGGGGUCCCGCAACCAGGGGUGCAGUGGAGUGGGCGUCAGCUUCCCGGAAGAGGACACUGGCCCGCCGCGCUUGGUCCAGCUGCUCCGCCAGCACAGCAGCCCUAAGCACGUGUACGGGCUGCUGCGGGCCUGUCUUCGCAGGCUGGUGCCCGCUCGUCUCUGGGGCUCCAGGCACAACGAGCGCCGCUUCUUGAAGAACGUGAAGAAGUUCAUCUCUCUGGGGAAGUUCGCCAAGCUCUUGAGUCAGGAGCUGACCUGGAAGAUGAAAGUGCAGGACUGCGCCUGGCUGAGCCAAAGCCCAGGGGGUCGCUGUGUCCCAGCCACGGAGCACCGUCUGAGGGAAGCGGUCCUGACCAAGUUCCUGUGCUGGUUGAUGGGCACAUACGUGGUUGAGCUGCUGAAGUCGUUUUUUUAUGUCACGGAGACCACGUUUCAGAAGAACCAGCUCUUCUUUUUCCGGAAGAGCAUCUGGAGCCAAUUGCAAAGCAUUGGGAUCAGACAACACUUUGAUCGGGUGCAGCUUCGAGAACUGUCAGUGGCCGAGGUCAAGCGAUACCAGGAAGCCAGGCCUGCUCUGCUGACGUCCAGACUCCGCUUCCUCCCCAAGCCCAGCGGGCUGCGGCCAAUCGUGAACAUGGACUACGUCGUGGGAGCCAGAACGUUCCAUGGGGACAAGAAGGUGCAGCAUCUCACCUCCAAAGUCAAGACGCUGUUCAGCGUGCUGAACUAUGAGCGAGAGCAGCGCCCUGGCCUCCUGGGCGCCUCUGUGCUGGGCAUGGACGACAUCUAUAGGGCCUGGCGUGCCUUUGUGCUGCGCAUGCGGGCCCAGGACCCAGUGCCUCAGCUGUACUUUGUCAAGGUGGACGUGAUGGGUGCGUACGACGCCCUCCCUCAGGACAGGCUGGUGGAGGUGAUCGCCAACGUGAUCCAGCCCCAAGAGCACACAUACUGCCUGCGCCAGUACGCCGUGGUCCAGAGAACUGCCCGCGGACGCGUCCGGAAGUCCUUCAAAAGACACGUGUCCACCUUCACGGACCUCCAGCCUUACAUGAAACAGUUUGUGCAGCAGCUGCAGAAGAGCUCGCUGAGGGACGCCGUGGUCAUCGAGCAGAGCUGCUCCCUGAACGAGGCCAGCAGCGACCUGUUCGAUGUCUUCCUGCACCUGGUGUACAACCACAUCGUAAGGAUCGGGGGCAAGUUUUAUAUCCAGUGUCAGGGGAUCCCCCAGGGCUCCAUCCUGUCCACCCUGCUGUGCAGCCUGUGCUACGGAGACAUGGAGAGCAGGGUGUUCCCCGGACUCCAGCAGGACGGGGUGCUCCUGCGUUUAGUGGACGACUUCUUGCUGGUCACCCCUCACCUGACACAAGCGAAGGCCUUUCUCAGGACCCUGUCCAGGGGAGUGCCCGAGUACGGCUGCAAGCGAACUUGCGAAGACAGUAACUUGGGGACCCAGCAUGUAGGGAAUCAGUACAGAUCUGAGCCCAGAGAUUUCAGGUCCUGCUGGACACGAGGCUCUUUGCAGUGAGGACACACACUGUAAUGCCCAUCCUCAGCCUCCCUGGAUGUCAUGUGUUGCAGUUAUGCCCAGACCUCGAUCAGAGCAAGUCUCGCCUUCAGCCAGGGCUCCAAGCCUGGGAGGAGCAUGCGUCGAAAGCUCUUUGCGGUGUUAAGGCUGAAAUGUCACAGUCUGCUUCUGGAUCUGCAGGUGAAUGGUCUUCAGACGGUUUGCACAAACGUUUACAAGAUAUUCCUGCUGCAGGCCUACAGGUUCCACGCCUGUGUGCUCCAGCUCCCGUUUAAUCAGCACGUUCGGAAGAACCCCUCGUUUUUCCUCCGCGUCAUCUCUGACACCGCGUCACGCUGCCACACCCUUCUGAAAGCCAAGAAUCCAGGGAUGCCUCUGGGGACCAAGGGCGCUGCAGGCCCAUUUCCCUCUGAAGCCGCAAGGUGGCUGUGCUUUCACGCCUUCCUGCUGAAGCUGUCUCGCCACAGCGCCACCUACAGGUGUCUCCUGGGAGCACUCCAGACUGCCCAAGCGCAGCUGUGCCGGCAGCUCCCGAGGGCGACGCUGGCCACCCUGGAGGCCGCAGCCGACCCAGCCCUGACCACAGACUUCAGGACCAUCUUGGACUGAUGUCCAGUCAGUUUCUCACAGGCCCUCGAGCUCAUUCCCAGCUGCGUCCACCCAGAGGGUCUGGCCCCUGUGCCCCGAGACCCGGACCUGUGCUGCUGGCUGGGCUGCUCCCUGGAGGGGGUCGCCCCCAAGUCAUCGAGGAAGCAGAGCCCACCCAGCCCCACCCCCACCGCCCCUUUCUAGUGACAGGUUUGUCCUUCAGCUGCCCGCUGCCAGGAGGAGGCAGGUACGGGAGCCUGGUUGGGGCGUUGGCAUCUGGAAGGGAAGCAUCAGGGACCUUUGUCACCCUCCUUGCUGCGGGGUCACCCUGGUCUGCAGUGAUGGCCCACGUGUGGUGGGUGUGUGUGACCUCCUUCCUGCUGAUCGGCUGUGACUCAAGCCGUCCACACCCGCUGGAGCAGCAUUCCCCCAGCUGGCCCCCCAGCUGCAUCCAAAGUCCAUGUCUCAACGAACUUGCCCAGAAGCAAAGGGCCCAGUCAGCUGUUUGAGCCCGUUCCCCACCAUCCACACCCACGCUUCUGACCUGCGUGUCCCCAUGCCCUGCCCAGGCCUCCUGGAGCCAAGCAUACAGCACCCCCCGACCCGCCCCCACUUGCCACUUCCACUUCCGGAGUCUUCUGCUGGCCCCACUCAGCUCACAGCCCCGCGUGGCCCCUCCUGCACUACCUCCUGCCCCCACCCCAGGGAUGGGGUGAGAGAAGAGCCUUUGUAUAUUUUCUUAGUUUUUAAAUAUUUCUCUUAUGUUUGUAUUAAAAUAUG